UCCAGAAACAAGCCGAGGACGCGCUGCCAGCUCGGUCGUGUGAUGGCCUCUUCCUUGAUUUUGAAAUGCUGCGCGGCUGCUGGUUAUUUUUAACUUUUGAGGCCACUUGUCGCUUGUACCGUACCUGGGGCACUGCAGACUUUCGGCCUUUCUUCAACUGGCGUGGUCGGUUCAUGUGAAUGCAAUUUUUGAGCCACUUGGCUGCUUUGGUAGGGAAGAUAUUAGCGGCUGCAUCAUCUUCUACUUUCCGAAGGUGCGCAGUGCAGCUGCGCAGUUGGCGAGUGACUGGAGAAACUGUGUGGAUCAAUAAACUAAAAGCAAAGAAAGAACAGGUGUAUCAGUGUCUGCCCAGGAGAGAUCAGAAUGGAUGUCACGAGCCGAUGUACGCUCGGCGAUCCCAACAAGCUGCCUGAGGGUGUACCUCAACCAGCUAGGAUGCCAUUUGUAUCAGACAAGCAUCCCCGACAGACUUUAGAAGUGAUUAAUCUUCUGAGGAAGCACCGGGAACUCUGUGAUGUGGUACUGGUUGUGGGUGCAAAAAAGAUUUAUGCACAUCGAGUUAUCUUAUCUGCCUGCAGCCCUUACUUCCGAGCCAUGUUCACUGGUGAGCUUGCAGAAAGCCGGCAAACGGAGGUAGUGAUUCGUGACAUCGAUGAGCGAGCUAUGGAGCUUUUAAUUGACUUUGCAUACACGUCUCAGAUAACAGUAGAAGAGGGGAAUGUACAGACCUUGCUGCCAGCAGCUUGCCUCCUGCAGCUGGCUGAGAUCCAAGAGGCCUGCUGCGAGUUCCUGAAAAGACAACUUGAUCCCUCCAACUGCCUAGGGAUCAGAGCUUUUGCUGACACCCACUCCUGCAGAGAACUGCUCCGCAUUGCUGACAAAUUCACUCAGCACAACUUCCAAGAGGUGAUGGAGAGUGAGGAGUUCAUGCUAUUACCAGCAAAUCAGCUGAUUGAUAUUAUUUCCAGUGAUGAGCUGAAUGUGCGGAGUGAAGAACAAGUUUUUAAUGCAGUUAUGGCUUGGGUUAAAUACAGUAUUCAGGAGAGACGACCACAGCUUCCCCAGGUAUUACAACAUGUUCGCCUGCCAUUGCUCAGCCCUAAGUUUCUUGUGGGAACUGUUGGAUCUGACCCCCUCAUAAAGAGUGAUGAAGAAUGCAGAGACCUUGUUGAUGAAGCCAAAAAUUAUCUGCUUUUACCCCAAGAACGGCCCCUAAUGCAGGGUCCAAGGACGAGGCCUCGUAAACCUAUCCGAUGUGGCGAGGUUUUAUUUGCAGUUGGAGGUUGGUGCAGUGGGGAUGCAAUUUCGAGCGUUGAGCGCUAUGAUCCUCAGACCAAUGAAUGGCGAAUGGUAGCUUCUAUGAGCAAACGGCGGUGUGGAGUAGGGGUCAGCGUGCUAGAUGAUCUUCUUUAUGCAGUGGGUGGACAUGAUGGCUCAUCAUAUCUAAACAGCGUAGAGAGAUAUGAUCCAAAGACCAACCAGUGGAGUAGUGACGUGGCUCCCACCAGUACAUGUCGGACCAGUGUUGGCGUGGCAGUUUUGGGAGGGUAUCUGUAUGCUGUAGGUGGCCAGGAUGGCGUCUCUUGUCUGAACAUUGUGGAAAGGUUUGACCCGAAAGAGAAUAAAUGGGCACGUGUGGCUUCAAUGAGUACCAGACGGCUAGGUGUGGCAGUUGCUGUAUUAGGUGGAUUUCUUUAUGCUGUUGGUGGAUCUGAUGGUACUUCUCCCCUUAAUACUGUUGAACGCUACAGUCCACAGGAAAACCGAUGGCAUACCAUUGCACCGAUGGGAACUCGCCGAAAGCACUUGGGAUGUUCUGUUUACCAGGACAUGAUUUACGCCGUUGGAGGAAGAGAUGAUACCACAGAAUUAAGCAGUGCUGAGAGAUUCAAUCCCCGUACUAACCAGUGGUCUCCAGUUGUGGCUAUGACAUCACGGAGGAGUGGGGUUGGCCUUGCAGUUGUUAAUGGACAGCUGAUGGCAGUGGGUGGGUUUGAUGGUACAACUUACUUGAAAACCAUUGAAGUUUAUGAUCCAGAUGCAAAUACGUGGAGGUUGUAUGGAGGUAUGAAUUAUCGCAGACUGGGCGGUGGAGUGGGUGUUAUCAAAAUGACACACUGUGAAUCCCACAUAUGGUAAACCAUGAAGUCUGGUAUCCUUGCUGCUAUUGGAUGCUGUAAUUGUUUAGGAAAGCACACUUUCAUUCUGGUGUUCAGUUCAGUAGAAUCUGGCCACUGAUCAAAAUAAGAGAUAUUCAAAGCUCCACGUAGUGAUGGAAAAAGACUUCUAUGUUGGUCCAGUGAACAGUUCUAAUGAUAUUACAGAUUGAUGCCUGUAGAAGUUUUUUUGUGUGGGAAAGACUUCUCAUUCAGAACAGUUGGGAGCACCUCAAAAAUGGGCAGAAUAGAAAAGUUGCGCAACUGUAACUUGGCUGGUAAGGAUGUAAUCAACUCUUUAAUCCUCAUUUUUCAAGGAUAUUGAAAUGAAAACAUUUGUUGGUUCACAUCAUUUGGAGAUGAUUGACUAUCAACAUGUGGAAAAAACUUUAUUUCUUUCUAAUUGAACAAUUCCACGGACUUAAAGAAAGAAAAUAUUUAUGUCAUGUUAAGUUGGGGCAAAUGGAAACUCAGUUGUCCCACUAUGGAGACAUAACUAUUAAAACCACCCAUCGCUACUUUUUUUUCCUGAUGCUUAAUAAAUUUUGUGUUUUGUACAGUGAUAGUAUCUUUUUAUUCAAGAUACAUGAGCAGUAAUACAGUUCUUAAUUCUCUAAAAUAUAAUAAAACUGGAAUCUUAAAGGGCAUUGUGUUCAUGAGAAAGUGAACAUCAAGUUUUUUUCUGUAAUUCUAAGUGCACAGUGUGAUAAUGCAUAUCACGUAAAUUGAGUAUAAUGUUGUCAUGACUAAAUAUGCAUGGUUCUUCCUCCUGGAAGCCUAAAACAUUUGCAAAAGAUUUUUCUCAUGAUAAGCAUACCUCUUUAGGGUCAAUUUGAGAUACUCUAGAAAAGUUGAUACUAAUGCCAUCAGAUUUCAUUUAGGUUUUACUGAUAAUUAAUUAGUAUAUUUCACAUGGAGCAUUUCCAUAGCUUUAGAUGAAUAAUAAGUGCUAAGACUUUUAAAAACCAUAAACUGCACUGUUUUAUGACUACAGUGGGUGCAAACAAUAUAAUGAAUCUUCUGCUGAAUGGCAUCUUGUUAGAGGUCUCACAGAUCAAUCAUUAGAUUAUCUCCGGCUGUGUUGAAAAAAAUGACCAGAUGUACUUUCAUUAGGAAGGAACAUAGGUUGGACAUUUAAAAAUAGAAACAUAGAAAACCUACAGCACAAUACAGGCCCUUCCGCCCACAAAGUUGUACCGAAUAUGUCCCUACUUUAGAAAUUAUUAGGCUUACACAUAGCACUCUAUUUUUCUAAACUCCAUGUACCUAUCCAAAAGUCUCUUAAAAGACUCUAUUGUAUCCGCCUCCACCACCGUUGUCGGCAGCCCAUUCCACGCACUCACCACUCUCUGCUUAAAACAAAAUACAUACCACUGACACCUCCU